AUGUCCUAUUCGAUGGGCUCACAAGCCCUUUUUUUGGCAACAGCUGUAGCCGUUUCAGCCGGCAUUAUCGUUCUCUUUGAUCUUCUUCGGGAAAAUUAUUUUCCAAAUGCAGAGCUUGAAGUUACCAAGAAUGAUCGAAAUUCUCCACACAAAAAGACUUUUCUCAAAUCUUGCUUAUCUUCAGGUAAAGGUGAAAAGAAGAUGAAUUCGAAGAAGAAAAGGGUUCAUUUUGCUGCAGAUGUGAGAGAUUCAGGCAAAAAUGGCGAGGAGUACAGAAGAAGACUAUAUAGAAAAUCUUGUGGGAAGAAGAUUUUGGAUAUGCCAGCAAAUCCUACAGCUUUGUACAGUAGUGGAAUUCUCAAAGAGAGUGUGCAUCGCAUGGAAUUCUCUUAUUGA